UUUUAACCACAGCUGCAGUCCCUUGUCUGAUAACCUCCAUCAGCAUCAUUCAAAGUGUGAGGUUCGGUUUGUAACCAUGAUCUCAAGAUGGGUCUUUCUUCUUUUCUGUGGACAUAUUGCACUAACCCUGGGAAAUGCUCAGAAAUUGCCAAGAGUAAAAAGACAGAGUCUGAAAGUUCAGAUCAACGCAACAGAUGAUACCGUUUGCAUGAAGUAUCUCCGACCAAGUCAAAACACCAAACUUGAAGGUUUUGUCCUGGGUUAUGGAAGCAGCUUCUUUUCUAAUCAGUACAUUCCUUUACCUUCUGAAGGAAAAACAUACAUAACUGAACUUGAUGCAGAACCACGGUAUUUAGUUUCAGUAAGACCGGCACGCAAUUCAAAUAACAAGAAAUCUUGCUCAGGUCGGACCAAGACUCAAAAGCCUCUGCAGCUGGUAGUUGGAACUCUGACCCCAACCUCUGUCUUUCUCUCUUGGGGCAUCCUAGUCAACCCUCAACAUGACUGGACAGCAACAAAUAACUGUGCUAGUGACAGGUUCUAUACAGUUCGCUACAGAGAAAAGGAUAAAGACAAGAAAUGGGUUUUUCAGCUUUGUCCAGUUACAGAGACAGUGGUGGACAAUCUGAAGCCAAAUACACUUUAUGAAUUUGGAGUUAAAGACAACCUAGAUGAUAGUAUUUGGAGCAAGACUUUCAAUCACAAGACAAUUCUGUCUAAUAAAAAAGUAAAUGGACAACUCCAGAAUAUGUACAAGUUGGUACCUAAUACCCAAACACAGCUUACUCUCAGAGAUAAUAAGAAGUUAGUCCCCGUCACAAUAAUCAAACAAGUUAUUCAAAAUCGGACGCUGUCAAAGUCUCCAAAUAGUUCUUCUCUGCCAGGAGCAAUAUUAGUGCACCUUGUUGUUCCAGGUCUCAACGAAACUCAGCAGAAACUUCCUCCUCUCCUGACAAUAGAUGACAUAACUCAAGCAUCCAAGAAAAAAAUGGCUAAGAAUGAAACUCGAGCGUGGCCUGCUGAAUCCAAAACACCAGAAGUUCAAGAAAUCUCCCCACAGUCUCUGCCAGCUGAAACUGAGAAAAACAAUGGACCCGAGGAAUUUAAAUCAACACCUAAACCUGAAUUGGCGCAAACUCAAAGCAUACUCGUUGCAAGCAGGUUUCCAGAGUUUACUAAAGCUAAAACAUCUAUCCCUCUUCAAAACCCCUGGGGAAUAUUGGCUUCUAAUGAAAUACAGCCACUUCCUCCUGGAUCCAGAAUAUCUGAUGCUCCAAAAAGUCCACUGACAGAACUUGCUACUCAGAGUCCAGCCUUGAAAUCCAUCUCUCUCCCUCCCGUGGAAACCAGAGACAUGGAGAUGGCUUUUGAUGAAACACAGCCUAUUUCUUCAAGAUCCAAAACAUCUGGCACCACAGAAGUGCAACCAACCAAAUCUGCUUCACAUGACUUUCUUCAUGUUACUUCUACUCCUCAAACUUUUACAACUCCAGAAAUAUCAGACACUGCUAGAGAUACUACUGAACUGGAAAUAUCCAUGCCUGUAAUUACCACAGGACCUCAUUUCUUAGAAGCGGCAAUGGAUGAAAUGAAGCCCCUUUCUUCAAGAUCCAAACCAUCUAGCUUUCCAGAGAUGCUGCCACUCUCAGCUGCAACGUGGAGACCGGGCCUGGAAUCACCCUCAACUGCUUCACAGGAGACGGCAAGGACUGUGAUGGCUACUCGGAGCCCAAGGCUGAAGUCCACCUCUCCUCCCUCCCUGGCAACAGUGCAGCAAACAGUGGAGGCUUCACCUGAUUUUUUUCACGUUACUUCUACUUUCCAAACCUCUGCAUCUGCAGAAAUGUCAGAAACAGAGACUGCUGCUGAUGAAACACAGCCAGUUUCUUCAAGAUCUACAACAUCUGGUAUUCCAGAAAUGGCAUCAACAAAACUUGCUACCCAGGAACCAGUCCUGAAAUCUACAUCCUUUCCCUCCAUGGAAACCAGAGGGACAGUGAUGGAUUUUCUUUCAGCUUUUGAUGAAAAGCAGCCUGUUUCUUCAAGAUCUGAAACAUCUAGCAUCCAAGAAAUGCCAUCAGCUGUACCUGCUCUCCCAAGGCCAGGCCUGGAGUCCACAUCCUUUCCCUCCCUGGAAACCACAAGGACAGUGAUGGCUACUUGGAGACCAAAACUGAAAUCUCCUUCUCUCUACCUGCCAACCCAAGGAACAGUGGAGGCAACGUGGAGACCGGGCCUGGAAUCACCCUCAACUGCUUCACAGGAGACGGCAAGGACUGUGAUGGCUACUCGGAGCCCAAGGCUGAAGUCCACCUCUCCUCCCUCCCUGGCAACAGUGCAGCAAACAGUGGAGGCUUCGCAGGACUCUCUUCAUAUUACUUCCCCUUCACAAAUAUCUGCAUCUGCAGAAAUAUCAGAAAUAAAGACCGCUUUCGAUGAUACUCAGCCUGUUCUUUCAAGCCCUGUGACAUCUAGUAAGCCUGAAAUAGCAGAUCCUGGACCAGCAACAAGUGAAUCCAUUCUGGAAUCUUUCACACCUAAAACUUCUCGUCCUUUUCAAUGGCCAAGGGUAACAUUAGCUCCAAAAGAAACACCACUUGUUCCUUCUAAACUGAAACCACCUGCUACCUCAGAAGUACAGCAUGUGAAACCUGCCCCUAAAACACCACUUUUUGAGCAUAGUACAUCUAAAACGUCUCAGACCAGUGAACAACCAAAAACAACACUAGCUCCUAAAGAAGUAAAACUUAUGCCUUCUGCAUCUAAACCUACACUGUCUGCCAGACCCAAAACACCACGAAUCACACCUGUUCCCAGUAAAGCUUCUCCUUCCAAACCUAAAGUCUUUCUGCACCCAGAAGAGCCUGUGACAAUGCCGGCAACCGUUUCAGUGCCAGUCACUACUAAGAAUCCGUACACAUUUGAACAUCCAAAGACCUCAGAGGCAACCAGGAAAUACAUGCCAUUGCCAGUUAUUACUCUGAUUCCCCAUACUCUUGAGCAUCUGCAGACUACAACUGUCUCGGAACCCAUUACAUUUAGAAUUGAACCACCAAGGUCAACAAUAGCUGCAAAAGAGACUCAACGUAUUCCUUCUAAACCUAAAACUUCACCCAAACUUCAUAUCCCACAGGCCGCAGAUGUCCUGGAGUCUGUAACAUUUAGAACUGAACAACCAAAACCAGCAAUAGUUCCAAAAGAAACGCACCAUAUUCCCUCCAAACCUAGAACUUCACCAAGCUCAGAAGUGCCACAAACCAAACCUGUCCUGGAUCCAAUUACGUUUAGAACUGAGCAACCAAAGUCAACAGUAGCUCCUAGAGAGACACGUCGUGGGCCUUCCAAACCUAAAACAUCACCUACUCCACGUGUUCCUCCAACCAGAGCAAGUCCAAAAGAGAGUCGACGAGUUUCCCCCAAGCCUAAAGCAUCACCAAGCCCAGAUGUAUCACAGACAAAACCUGUUUUGGCACCUGUAACAUUUACAGUUGAAAAACCAAAGGCAACAAUAGCUCCUAAAGAACCGCAACAUACUCCCUUUAAACCUAAAGCAGUUCCCAUCCCAGAUGCUCCGUACAUCAAGCCUGAAAUCAUUCCACCCUUCCAUGAGCCAGUUACUACUGUGAUUCCUCAUAUUCCUGAACGAACAAAGGCAACACUGGCUCCAACUGAAAAACAGUUCAUUCCUAUCAAACCAAAAACAUCUGUCAGGCCGAGAAUGCCACACACUAAACCUGCAAUACAGCAAACAACCCCACAACCACUUAUUACAAAAUCUUCUACUACCACUGAGCAGUCAAGGGCAACAAUUGUUCCAAAAGAAACACUGCUCAUUCCUUCCAAACCCAGAACAUCUGUUGGGCCAGAAGUACCACAAACUAAACCUGCUCCAAGGACGACUCACCUGGGAUCAAUUAACCUUAUAACAGUUCAUGUUGUUGAUGGGUCCAAAAUGACUUUGGUUCCCAAUGAAACAUACCAGCUUUCACCCAAGCCCAAAAGUGCUCUAACGACUGAAAUUCCCCAGUUGAAAACAGCACCACAUAAAACACGUCUCACUUCUGCAAGACCAAAGCCAUCUGAUAAAUCACAGACCAGACCUGCUCUUAGUAGAACCACACUAGCACCAAUUAGAACAAAAACUCCAGGACUGCCAAAAUGGAUUGCACCAGCAACAGAUGAUGUAUAUACACCUGAGGAUAUUGUCAAACUAAUUGGCGUGGAUAUAGAAAAACCUAUGGAAUAUAGUGAUACACGGGAAAAGACAUUUUCUGUAACAGCAUCACCUGGCCCUCACCGUUCUCCUGUACCUCCUGUGAAGCCCACGCAAAUGCGAAGAAAACCCCUGCCUCCAAACACAGUGACUGGUAAACCAGGGAGUCCAGCUAAACCUGCUGGACCAACAACAUUUGUGAAGACAGGAAUACCAUAUAAGACACCAACAGCUUCUGCAACUCCAGAUUAUUAUGUUGAUGCAACUGUCUUCAGCUCAAGUCCUACAUCAGAAACUGAUUCUUCAGGCAAACCAAGAUACCAAGCCCCUCAUGUCAAGUACAUGAAGAAAGACGAUGAUGUGCCUUGUUCUAUCACAAGCUCCCUUGAACACUUCCCUCAAGAAGAAGUUGGCAGCAAGGAAGAAGCUACUCGUCCUCCACAAAACCCUCCAACCAACCUCACAGUAGUGACUGUUGAAGGCUGCCCAACUUUUGUCAUAUUGGACUGGGAAAAACCAGACAAUGACACUGUUACUGAGUAUGAAGUUGUGUCAACUGAAAAUGGAGCAAGUGAUGGUGAAAAGGAGCAAUCUAUUAUCACUACAAAUCAGACUCAUUCCACCGUGGAAAACCUAAAACCUGACACAAGUUAUGAAUUCCACGUGAAACCUAGAAACCCUCUUGGUGAAGGUCCAAGCAGCAAUGUUGUGGCAUUCAGUACUGAAUCGGCGGACCCAAGAGUGAGCGAGCCAAUUUCAAUGGGAAAGGAUGCUAUCUGGACUGAAAUCCCAUUCAAUUCUGACACCUAUUCAGAAUGCAAAGGGAAACAAUAUGUAAAGAGGACUUGGUAUAAGAAGUUUGUAGGUGUGCAGCUGUGUAAUUCUUUGAGAUAUAAGAUAUACCUCAGCGACUCACUUACAGGAAAAUUUUAUAACAUAGGAGACCAGAGGGGCCACGGAGAAGAUCACUGCCAAUUUGUAGACUCAUUCCUAGAUGGAAGGACAGGACAGCAAGAUGAUCUGCCGGUCAAAGAUGGAUUUUUCAGGGCAGUUCGCCAAGAACCCGUCAAAUUUGGAAAAAUAGGUGGUGAGACUCGCAUCAACUAUGUUCGUUGGUACGAGUGUGGCACAUCGAUACCUGGGAAAUGGUAGACCUGAUAUGAACUUGGUAAAGAGGUCCAUCACUAUCCACCCCUUCUGACUGCCCAAAGCAAGCUCAAAGAUGAAAAUGUUUAUGGAAUGCCUGUCACUUAAAGAAUUUUGCUAAUGUGUAAUGGUUUAUACAAAUCUAAUGACAAUACUGCAUUAAUUGUGUAAUAGCAUAGGCUGCUUACUGUAGUUAUCCAGUUUUACAGAUUUGUUUUUAGGAUUAAAAAAAAACACAAACAGGUUAAGGACAUGGUGUAGGAUAAUGUAUAGGGAAGCUGGCUCCCUAUUCUUGAGGUAUGGUUUACGUGGUAUUUUAAAAGAUACAGUGUGUAUAUUAUUUAUCAGUGUUGUAAUAAAUGUUUAAGGCACAGUUAUGGCAAUGAUGUUGGUCAUGGAAUGCAAUGUGCAUUAGUUUUAAGUAUUCACUGGGUUUUAUUAUAAUGUAAUGAUGUAAAGUGCUGUAAGCUAGCUGUCUCCAUUCCUAAAUUAUAGAAUAGAAAAAGACCCUAAAUCUUCCAAGGUCCUGCAGCCAGUUAACAUGAAGAGCUUUCUCCUUAGACACACACACACAAUUUAUACUCCUUCCAGAAAUACAGGUAGGUUUAUUGUACGUGCAGUUUUAAACGAUCGAGUUAAUGUGUUUUUUUCGCCAUGUUGUUUUUUUUCAAAUGCAAGCUUCAACUCUGGCAGAACAGUAGGAGCAGCCUAUUGCUAAAAAGUUAGAAACAUUUGCCUGUUUAGCUUGGCAAUGCUUUACUCGAUUUGUUCGUUUUUUCUGUAAUUAAAGCAGACAGGUAUAUAUGUACAUGGGAAAAAAAACAAACUGCCCUCCACUACUAUGGCUUUUCACUGAAGUAAGUAAGUAAGUGUACUGUUUUCAGAGGUUUAGCCUUAAUACUUCAAAAGCCAAAUAAAUAUAUAUUAGUGCAGGAGGAUUUGGAAAGCUAUAUGAAAUAUAGAAGAGAGCCCCCUAUAUUUAAAACUAAGCUAAUAAUAGCACAACUUGUUUCUGUAAAACAGAAAGAAGUGGUUUAAAAAUGUUUGUUGUUUGGGGAAAAAUGGAAAACAGUGAUUAAUGAACUUUUAAAACUGUUUUUAAUUUUGAUUAAAGUCUCUCCCAAAGCUACUUGUUGUAUUGCUUGAACAUUUAUGAACUAAAUAAAGAGAUGUAGUUUUUUUUUUUUUUUUUUUAAAAAAAAAAGGUGUUAUUCAUUACACUAUUAAUGUAUUGAAAAAUAUGAACAGGAACAUUAAGAUAUAUAUAGUAGAAAUAAUCGUUUAUAGAAAAUGCCUUUAAAGUACAUUGCAGGUACACUGUACUACUACUAAUAAAAUAUUUUUUAAUCAAA